AGUGAAAGUGAAAGACAGUUUGCUCUCUAGUCAAGAAGAAAUCCUUAAUUUUACAUACAUUUCUGAAAUUAUCUACAGGAUAUUCACCGAAUCUGAAAGUAUUAUAACUGCAGUGAAUUCUGACUCCCUGAAAAAAGGUUAAAAACACAGGAGGAAGUAAAUGGCUGAAUCCUCAUCACAAACAAAAGACAGAAGGAGGAGCAGCAUGGAUGAACCAGAAUUAUUUUCUUAUGACUCCAGCAGUCUCCUGUCUGAAGAUCAGCUGCUGUGUUCGAUCUGUCUGGAUGUGUUCACUGAUCCAGUCACCACUCCAUGUGGACACAACUUCUGUAAGAGCUGCCUGGGUCAGUGCUGGGACAAGAGUCAACACUGUCUCUGUCCAUUAUGUAAAGAGAAAUUCACCAAAAGACCUGAACUGAAGAUUAAUACAACACUGAGAGAGGUUGCAGAUCACUUCAAGAAGAAAAGUGGUUCUGACAAACCUGAGGUUCUUUGUGAUGCCUGCAAUGGAGAGAAGCUGAAGGCCCUGAAAUCCUGUCUGGAUUGUGGACUGACUUUCUGUAAAACUCAUCUAGAGACUCAUAAUCAUGUUUCCAAACUUAAAAAACACAAGCUAAUAAACCCUGUGGAGAACCUGGAGGACUACAUAUGCCAGAAACAUGAGAGAGCUCUGGAGCUGUUCUGUAGAGAUGAUCAGACGUGUGUGUGUCAGUUCUGCACUGAAGGAGACCACAAGAAUCACAACACUGUUCCUAUAGAGGAGGAGAGCAGAGAGAGGAAGACUCAGCUGGUGGAAACACAGACAGAUGUGCAGCAGAUGAUUCAGGACCGACUGAAGAAGAUAAAAGAGAUCAAACACUCAGCAGAGCAAAGCAAAAGAAGCACAGAGAAAGAGAAAGCAGACAGUGUUGAAGUCUUCACUGCUCUGAUUCGCUCCAUUGAGAGAAGUCAGGCUGAGCUGCUGGAGGUGAUGGAGGAGAAGCAGAAAGCAGCAGAGACGCAGGCUGAAGGACUCAUUAAAGAGCUGGAGCAGGAAAUCAGUGUGCUAAAGAGGAGAAACACUGAGCUGGUGCAGCUCUCACACACUGAGGAGCAUCUCCACCUCCUACAGAUUUACUCCUCCAUGUGCAGCCCUCCACACACCAAGAACUGGACUGAGAUCAGUAUUAACACUGAUGUGAGUGGGGACACUGUGAGGACAGCUCUGUCUCAGCUUCAGCAGACUCUGAAUGAGAAACUCACUAAAACACUCAAUGACAAGUUAAAGGAAACAGUUUCCACAGAACUGAAGAGGAUUCAGCAGUAUGCAGUGGAUGUGACUCUGGAUCCUGAUACAGCUCAAAUCAAUCUCAUCCUGUCUGCUGAUGGAAAACAAGUGACACGUGGAGACACACGACAGAAACUCCCUGAUACACCACAGAGGUUUGAUUAUUGUGUUAUGGUGCUGGGACAGCAGAGUUUCUCCUCAGGGAGAUUUUAUUAUGAGGUGCAGGUCAGAGGGAAAACUAAAUGGGAUGUUGGAGUGGCCAAAGAGAACAUUAACAGGAAGGGGAAGAUUACACUGACUCCUCAGAAUGGAUUCUGGACUGUGGCUCUGAGGAAUGAGAAUCAGUAUAAGGCAUUUGCUGAUCCCCCUGUCCCCCUCACACUGAGAGAGAAGGUGGAGGUUGUGGGGGUGUUUGUGGAUUAUGAGGAGGGUCUGGUCUCCUUUUAUGAUGUGAAGUCCAGAUCUCAUAUCUACUCUUUCACUGGUCAGUCUUUCACUGAGAAACUUUAUCCAUAUUUCAGUCCUUGUAAUAAUGAAGGAGGUAAAAAUUCAGCACCACUGAUCAUCUCUCCUGUAUUUAAGACUGAAUAAAAUUAAACCUCCCAAAUUUGAUCAUCAGAUGGUAAGUGUAAAAAGAAUUUUUUUUACUGUUUUGGUUAAAUUUUAGAAAUACAUAGUUUCUUUUAAAAUGUUGUACAUAUUAUUUUAAUACCUGGUUUUAAUUGUAAUCCUACAGUCUGUUUUUUAUGAUUGUGACAUUAUGAUUGUGGAAUUUUGUCAUUACAAAUCACAUAUUGAUAACCUGAUUAUCCAGCAAUCAGGAUAUUUUGUGUUUGUUUUUUGUUUAUGGGAAUGUAUUUUAUUUUGCUGUAUUGGUGUGUUUUUUGUUACAUUAUAAAUAGUUGGAGUAAUUCAUAGUUCAUUUAUAAGAUGAAAAAACCCAGGUGUAAUUAAUUUGUUAUCCCAUGAUGCUCUGAGUGUACUACGUAAGACUAGAAGUGUAGGAGAGAGAGAGAGAGAGAGAGAGAGAGAGAGAGAGAGACCAAAGAAGAUGGAGCUUGGGUUAAUUCUGUAACAUCAGCUUAAGAAUAGCCUCGUAUUUCUUUCACGCUUUCAGAAUAGCCUCGUAUUUCUUUCACGCUUUCAGAAUAGCCUCGAGAGUAAAAUUAAGAAAGAAAAAAGAAAGUAAAAUUACACAAGACAUCUGUAUGAUUGGUGGCUGAUUGGUUAUUUACCUUCACUGUUCAGCUUUAUGAUUUGACUGAAUUCAGCUUCACUUGUAGAAAUGAAAGAUUCUAGAUGUUAGUAAAACAUUGUGUGGAAAUAAUGAAUGAUUCUGACAGAAUGAUUUGUUACACCAUGUAUGUGGAAAAGUCAUGAGUAUAAAACUUUGUCUAUCAGAGGGGAAUGUUGUUGUUUUGCUGGACAAAGAAGGCUGAGAGAUUUAUAAUCAUACAGUUAAUAAAGAGUUUAAAAACAUACAGUUA